AUGCUCGUUGAAAGAAAUUCUUUAGCUUAUUCUGAUGCUGUUAGCAAAUUCUGGCCUGAAUUUGCGAAAAAUGGAAAGGAGAGUGUAACUAUAGAAGAUAUACUUAACCACAAGGCGGGAUUGGCAGCUAUCGAUACACCAAUUCUUAUUAAAGAUGCUUUAUCUAAUCCAAAGAAGAUUUCAGAAAUACUUGAAAAUCAAAAACCUAAUUGGGAACCGGGCACAAAAAGUGGAUAUCAUGCUGUUUCUUUUGGUUGGUUAACUGACCAAUUAGAUAUUGACUUUCAUUUGGGUCUUUCACUAACAGAAUCUUACACAGUCUCUCGCCUCUCAAUGCCUAAUUGGAUGUACAUAAUUCGAGAGGUUUUUUAUGAUCCUCGAACUUUGGCUUUUCUAGGAAUUUUACACAUUAGGAGUAAAAACUCUUUACGCUCACGUAUGGCCAGAAAUCCUGAAUGGAUUAAUAUUAAUUCGAAAAUAUGUACAUUAAAUAAUCCGGAGAUUUUUCCUAUUGAACAAGCCGGUGCUUUGGGUAUAGGGAAGGCGAAGGACCUUGCUUGUAUCUUUGCAAAGUUGCUUUCUGGCGAGUUUUUAUCACGUAAAACACUUGAAUACAUCAGUCGUCCACAGAUGAUAAACCACCGUGAUUUUGUGUUAAUGGUGCCUGUGAAUAAGGGAAAUGGAUUUAUGUAUGAAAGGCAUCCUUGCAAAAAAGAUAAAUGGUUAUUUGGACAUCCUGGUUUUGGCGGGACUUCAGUAAUGGUAUCACCAGAUGAUCAAUUAGUAAUUGCCUAUGUAACUAAUGGACUAAAAACGGGGAUGGGAGAAUUAAAUGGAACAUAUAGACGAAUUAGAGAUGCAGCAUUUAAUUCAAUUAAUUAAUUGUUUUAAAUAAAAAAUAAUAUUUUUUAAUUCUUUCUCAACUUCUUCUCCCCCUCCCUUUCCUUCCUCUUCAUUAUUAAAUAAAUUAAAAUCCCAAUUUUUAAAUUCAUCCAAAGCACAUUCAGAUUCUUCAUUAUCAAUUCCUUCAAUAAAUACAAAUCCUCUCUUUUGUCGAAUUUCGAUUUUUGAAUUAAUUCUGACGGAAAUAAUUGAGG